CCUUGAUUCUCUACUCGCGUUCACGGUUCGCCCUAUGACCGUCAAUUGUCUGGCGAGAUGCCCGCAAAGUCGCGAUUCACGAGGCUAGACGCCUUCGCCAAGACCGUUGAAGAUGCCCGUAUUCGCACGAACUCCGGCGGUAUCAUCACCAUUGUCUCGCUAGUAGUUGUCAUGUGGCUCGUGUGGGGAGAAUGGGCUGACUACCGGCGCGUGGUGGUGGAGCCGGAGCUCAUUGUUGACAAGUCGAGAGGAGAAAGAAUGGAAAUUCAUUUGAACAUGACUUUCCCGCGACUACCGUGUGAGCUUCUGACCUUGGAUGUCAUGGAUAUUUCGGGUGAGCAGCAAGUGGGUGUUGCGCAUGGCAUGAACAAGGUUCGCCUGUCUUCUGCUGCAGAAGGAAGUCGAGUCAUCGACGUUCAGUCUCUGGACCUGCACUCCCCCGCAGACGCCGCUACACACCUUGACCCGGACUACUGUGGUGAUUGCUAUGGAGCACCGGCGCCAGAGACUGCCAUCAAGGCCGGAUGCUGCAGCACUUGCGAUGAAGUCCGGGAAGCAUAUGCCGGAAAGCAAUGGGCCUUUGGUGUCGGAACCAAUGUCGAGCAGUGUGAACGAGAAGGCUACGGAGAGAAACUCCGGGCGCAGCGCCGGGAAGGCUGCCGAAUUGAGGGUGUCCUUCGUGUGAACAAGGUUGUGGGCAACUUCCACAUCGCCCCGGGUCGCAGUUUCACCAACAUGAACAUGCAUGCCCACGAUCUCGAGAACUACCUCAUGCCUGGUACCGCCCCGGAGGACCAGCACACCAUGACCCACGAGAUCCAUGAGCUCCGCUUCGGUCCUCAGCUCCCCGCUGAGCUCGCCGGCCGCUGGCAGUGGACCGACCACCACCACACCAACCCGCUAGACGACACCAAGCAGGCUACCGACGAGCCCGCCUACAACUUCAUGUACUUCAUCAAGGUUGUCUCGACAUCCUACCUCCCUCUGGGCUGGGACCCAACAUUCUCGUCUGCGAUCCACAGCGCCUACGACAAGGCACCUCUUGGCUCUCACGGCCUGGCAUAUGGCGCCCAGGGAAGCAUUGAGGCCCACCAGUACUCGGUGACCUCGCACAAGCGUUCCCUCAUGGGUGGCGACGAUGCUGCCGAGGGUCACAAGGAGCGCAUGCACGCCGCAGGCGGUAUUCCCGGUGUCUUUUUCAACUACGAUAUCUCGCCCAUGAAGGUCAUCAACAAAGAGACUCGCCCCAAGACCUUCACCAGCUUCCUGACCGGUGUUUGCGCCAUCAUUGGUGGUACUCUGACUGUUGCUGCGGCUCUGGACCGUGGUCUGUAUGAAGGAGGCAUGCGUAUCAAGAAGCUGCACUCUAGCUAG